AUGGAUGUCGACAAUGCUCCAGCUCAAUUAUCCCCUGCGAGACAACGUUCGACCACAGUGAUAUACAAUGGUUCUCCGCUACCAGCAGAUGCCCCUUCAGAUGACAGGGAAGCUCUUUUGCUGGAACUUGGUCAGGCACUUGAGACGCAGGCAGUACCCGCAUCGUUUUGGGCCUGCCUCCAAGUAGCGGACCUAUCAGCAUUACGGACUUUCGUCCAAGAAGCUCGAGCGGCACCACGCAUAUGCGAACUGUUAUCCGACACAUUCUAUGCGCUUCCCCGCAUGUGGCGUCAGAACCCACCGGAAGAUCCUAGCUCAUCAUGUUCAUCUUCAUCACGAGGAUCGGACCUCUCUGAUGAUGUUCCCCGUUCCAGAUCACCUAGAAAAAUCGCUAAAGAACGCGAUGGAGGCAAGUGCGUAGUCACUGGACGUCAGAGAGUCCAAGCUUGUCCUAUAUUCCCCCAUUGCUUGUUAAAGAAAAAGAAGCCUACAGAUCUCACAAGGUCUAUACCUGACCUUUGGAAGUUGUUGUCACUGUUCUUUGACAAUGAGGAUGUCCUCCAAUGGAAGAACGCGAUCUUCCCAAACCCCGACCAACCAACCGACGGCAUCCCAGAAAAUCUCACAUGUCUCUCCCCCAAUGUACAUGGGGACUGGGCGGACGGAUAUUGUGCGUUCAAACCACUUCGUGUGUCUUCCGACGGUCGGGAAAUGGAGUACAAAUUCCACUGGUUGCCUCGCGAGCCCCAUGGGCCGACGGACAAGGUGGAUCUUUCAAGACGUCCGUUAUCGACCGCGGGUCUCGAUCAGUCUGAGGGCAGAUUUUCCUACACUUUUGAAGGCCAUCGGAUUCAAUCUGGAGACACGUUCUUCCUGAAGACGAGCGACCCAGUCACUCACCCCCUGCCCAGUUUCACGCUGUUACAAAUGUCGUGGAAGUUGACUCAGAUCGUGGCCUUGUCUGCGGCCGCAGAGGACCCAGACCCAGAAGACGAUGUCGACAAGUUAGAGACCUAUAACAAAGAAGUCAUAGACAGAUGGAUGGCAGAGCCAUCUGACGAUGACGAUAACGACUUUUUCACUGCAGGAGUUUGA